AUGACAACGGUCUUCUGGACCGAGCCCACUAACCUCGUAUCGGUUGGACCCCUCUGCCUUGUACCAUUGCUCAGCCUACUUCAAUCGCUCGUCACAAUCAAGGCCUACGCAACGAACUAUUUGGCUGUAGAUGCUCAUUUAAUUUACAUAUUUGUUGUCUCAAUUCUUCUGACUUGUUUUCGCGCCUUUUGUUUACCGACCGCAUCAGCCGCACCACCGGCCACAGUUUCUUCGCUCCUCGGGCCAGCUCGUCUACCGCAGCUCGGCACACCGGCGCUCCAACUUACACAACUAAGCUUUUAUUCUCCUGUCUCUCUUUGGCUCUCCUCCUCUGUUUGGCCUUCUAUCCUCCCAUUUUCGGCUGACUACCAUUCUCCGUCUCGGCCGCUCAUCCGUCUCUCUAUCCACGAGAAUGCUGCUUUUUUCGCCUAA